AUGAUGGCCUCCAAAUUGCUUCUCCUCAACCUCGUGGUACCUGCGUUGAGUGAAAUAGCUCAUGGAGUCUUCAUUCCAUCUACCGAUUCCUUCCUACUCCCAUCACCAUUUCAAGGAGACGAAACUGUGCCCACAAACGGCAGCACAAACUUCAUCAAUACCGUCACAGCGAAUGCAUCCACAAAUGCUCUCCUCGAUUCGGCUAUCAAUGACACUUACUAUGCUUUCGACGAAGAGUUCUACGACAUCCUCGGCACGAAGACACCUAACAUUCAACUCAUCGAAACCCGAAAGGACCUCUUUGCCUACGAGGCAGGUGCUUGGGAUUACGAUAAAAACCAGGUCUGGUUCUCGAGCUGUGUGAUAUCUCACCCAACAUACAUUUCCAUUCUUGACCUCAACACCAACGAUAUCACUACGCUGGACAUUCCGGCUCUAUACAACAUCAAUCCGAACGGUGGCUAUUACUUCAACGGAACUAUGUACUUCACAACAGUAGGCAAUGAAUCAGUACCCAAUGGCGUAUAUGCCAUCAACACAGAAACAUACAAAGCCACACCUAUCAUCAAUAGCUUCUAUGGCGAGAAAUACCAAUCUGUGGAUGAUUUAACUUGGGUCAAACAGGGAAGCGAAUCAUGUGUCGACACUGGUCCUAAUCUCUUCUUCUCCACCCUGGAUGUUCGCCUGUUUGGAGUCUAUGGCGCUGCUCCCUUGAUGCUACAAGAUUGGGUCUAUCGCUAUUCCCCGAAAACUCGGACCGUGCAAGGUGCCAUCUCUCGCUCUGAUAUUGUAUCUCCGAAUGGAGUGAGGAGAGAUGCGACCGGUCGGUAUCUUUAUGUUACUGGUUUAGCAGCCCCUUUUGCGCCCACUGGAUCACAAGGAAAUCAAUUCAACUCGUCUGUUGUUUACCGCUUCACACUAGAUGAAGAUUGUGUUCCAAUUGAAAAGAGGCUGGUAGCAAUGGUGCCGAGUUAUGCUGAUGGGCUGCAUAUCGAUGACUUUGGUCGAAUUUGGACUGGGGAGUGGGAGGGUAUCACAGUGAGAAGUCCUAGUGGCAAGGUUCUGGGAGUUUUCAAUAGAGAAGCGUUGGUCACUGGAGUCGGGUUACCGCCCAUGGCGAAUUUUUCGAUUACUGGAGAUAAGCUUGUCAUUUUGGCGCUUGAUCGAGUUUUUGUGUUGCAGCUUGGACAGAACGUUACUUCCGCGAAAGCAGGAACACAGUAG